GUCUUGUAAAGAACGUAUUUAUUAUUGUUAUUCAUGUAAUCAGAGUUCAGGGUCGAUGUUACUUGAAACAAAGCAUAUUAUCAUUCAUUGUAUAAUAAGACUCCUUAGAAAAUUAAAUGUCAUACUAAAUAAGUAAACAGAAAUAUUAACACGAUAUUGUAAAGACAUUGAUGAUUUGUCAGUUUUUAUAAUAUACAUACCUGUGCUAUGUUAUCAGUGAGUUUAUUUGAGAGAAUGGAGAUGUAAGAUUAAUCUGGAGAAAAAUAAUAUUGUUAUACGAAUUCUAAAACGAAUAAUAUAAUCAAAACCUUUAAAAACUUAUUGCCUUUCAACAUAGGGCUCUAAAAAUCAUUACUUUAUCAUUAUCAUUAGUUAAUAGUACUUAGAGAUCGUUUAUAAUAAGGAUAAAUUUAAUAGAAAUGUGGAUACUUUGUCAAAAAUUGAAUUAAGAGAUUUAAACAUCACAACCUAAAUGCGUUAAGACAGCAAAGAUGCCUCUCACUCUAAAUGAUUCAUCACAAUGUCAAUCAGACUUUGAGCCUUAAUAAGAUAUCCAUCAGGAAGACCAUAUCAACACGUCAGAAUAAUGAGAAAAAUGUUGAAUCUAACACCUGGACAGUUCUUAAGCUGUAGAAUCACUUAAAAGUUAACCUGGAAUAUUGAAAACAAAUGUUAACAUUUAAUCCAGUAUGGAACAACCUUACCAAACAAAAUCGAGACUUUAAACACAAAAAAUUUCAACGUGGAGGAUUUCUAUAAAAAGUCAGAGGUACCUAUGAAUUGUGUCAACGUGGGACCAUCGUGAAUUGAUGUUAAUAAAGAUAGACAAGAAGAAGUCCGUCAGUUACAGGACAACUUGUUGAUUCAGGUCAGCCCCGAUUGCGAUGGCCAUUCAAAAGAAGUUGUUUACACCACUACAACAAAUUUUUCGAAGUAAUAAUUAUCCUGAAACUUGUAAGGUUGGUAUUAUAUCGUGAUGCAUCAAGCAUAGCAUCGAUACUGGAGUUGAGGUUUGCAAGAUGUCGAUUGUGUUGGUAUGAAAACAUAUCUUUCUGGAAAGUGGCUUUGUUAAAAUUAAGUCAACCAGCUCAUUUGCGGAAAAAAUAUCAAUAUUAACAUUUGAUAUAGUAUUAGAAUUAGUAACUCCAAAACUAUUGCCUCAGUGCAUUUUUUUUUCUCUACAAUAAGGUAAAAUAAAAGAUUAAUAUCUGUUUAGACAGAUAAACUUACAAAUUUUAUUUAUUUCUUUUUACCAUUACGUUUGAAUGGGGAUUGGGUUUGGUUGGAUUUUGUUGGGUUGGGUUGGAUUUAGCUGGGUUUGGCCGAAUGAUGGGAGGAAGAAGAUUAUUGGAUGCUAGUAUGCUGGAGGAAAGCGGUAAGGAAAAUAGAAAUAGACAAUCAUGGGUACACAAGAGGAAAGAGAGGAGGGUCUCAAUCCCCCCCUCCAGGUAAUAGAUAACCGAAAUGUAAUAGAUCAAAAAAUGUAUGUCCUUUUUUCUGUCCGAGACCAUUAUGUAAUAGAAAGAAGGGGACGAAUGAGAGAAGAUGUGCUGGUGGUUCCGGAGAAGACGAGGAAAGGGGUUUUUAGUGGGUCGGAGAUCCAAUCAUGAUACCAACCCCACACUAUCCGAUCGCUCAAAACCGUCAGGCCGGAUGUGUGUUAGCAGAUUUUCCCCAACCUCGUAAAACAAGAAAAGAUGUGAAGAAAAUGUAUCGCUGUUGAGUGAUUAGCAGAGAACAAGUUUUCAUUUGGAUGAAAGAUGAUCACGUCAACAAAGACAUCAUAGUGCUUGGAGAUACUUUUAUGAAUAGUUUUAACUACAAUUUGGACUGGAAUUCAGAUGAAAAUAUGUCAAGACCUGAUAGGUCGGAUGAAGAUGAUACAUCCUCCGAAGAAUUAGAUGAUAGUUUUGAUUCGUGGUCAUUAGUAUGGUACAUCGCAUCAUUCGGAGGUUUAGUAGCAUUUUUCCUGGUGGUGUCUUGUUCGGAAUGGUGUUGCAGAAAACACGUCAGAGAACAACAAUCACGAAGAGGAUUAUCGUCACCUUCACCAUCGCUUAGUACAGAAUCGCCACCUCCUUCUUACGAACUUUUCGCUCCACCUUCUUACGAGAGUCUAAACGCGGCCGGAUCAUCAGAAAAAAGCGAAUUUGAUGUUUACGUCGUCCCCGUUCAUGCCAUCGGAAGCUUGGUUGACGAAAAUGUUACGAGACAAAGAGAAGAAGAUCCUCCUAGUUAUAACGCGAUUAGUGAACAAAACUUACAAACUGAAGUAAAUUUGGAAAAUCGUCAAAAUCCACGAGUUUCCGACGCUUAGUAUAUUUAUUAAGUGAAGAAUUUUAAUUUGGAGGUUGUGCCAUAUAAGACUUUACAAAAAAGAUAUUACUAUUCCGAAGAUUAUACGAGUGAUUGUGAUUAUUUUUUUUUAUUGAUAUAUUGUGAUAUGUUUGUGUGGUGCGUUUUUUAAUGAAUGUGCUAAUUAAGUAUUAAAAUCGCAAUGAAUUAAUUAAAGUCAGGUUGCAUUUUAGCUUAUGUAAUUACAGAACAAAAUAUAAACUAGUCACUUAAUCAAACAAAAAUACUGCCGUUAUAAAACUUAUUGCACAAAUAAUGUAAUGUAAAUAAUGAUAAUUUCUAUUAUAAAAGUUAAAUGAAUCUAAAAAGUAAACAAAUAUGUUUUAUACGUUAACACAGUUUUUGUUAUUUGACUAGGCCAACAAAUUUUGGGAAACUUGAAACAACAAUACAAUUAAGUGGCCAUAAAAUAAUAAUAUUCUCUUUUUAUGUGCUCGACUACUUAAGUUAUCUUAGUAAUAGAAACUUGUGAGUGAUUAAAAUAUCGAGAAAAAAAUCAAUUAGAGUUGAAUCACCAAAAAUUUCCGACUUAGGAUUAAGCCACGUGAUUAUUAUCUUAAUCUAAUAUAAAUUUUUAAUGAAUUUUAAGACUCAAAUCAAUAGAUUUUAAUCAAUUCAUUGCGAGUACAUAUUGUGAUAUUUUAGCGAUAAGAGAUCUAUUUUAAGAGAAGGAAAGUAUUUUUGUACAAACAAUAGUAGCAAUGUAUUUCACAGUGUUUUUUAUUCACGGUUGCAAUUCACAAAAUAUUCUACGUAAACGGGUCGUAGAAAACUGUUUGUUAUUUAUUUUGUAAUUAAAAGACGAUGUUCUGA